AUGCCUCCGUCCACCGGGCGGCACAACCCGCGCCCCGCCCCAUUCCUCCAUCGCGCUCUCUCCUCAGGAAAGAAAGGCCGAAGUGCCACCAUUAAAGCCCCUCUGUCCUCUCAUCGCACAUACAAAGUUGCUCCAAGUCGCGGGGGUUCUGGCGGCCUGCGAGGGUUAGGCGGGGCCGCGCAGCGGUUCUGCUUCCCGCUCCGCAGGGCUCGGCUCCGAGAUGAUGGCAGCAGCAGCAUCAGCGAGCAGGGAGGGCGUGUGUGUGCGCGCGUGCGCGCGCCUGUGCGCGGGAGGGCCCCCGCGUUCCCCUGCGCGCCCGCUCCUGCCUCCUGCCCUCCACGCUGCGAUGCCAGCAGAAUCCCUAACGCGCGCUCCCACCCUCCGGGGUGCUCACACUCUCGCGCGCGCGUGCACCCCAGCGCCGCACCCCCGGCCCUGCACGCCCCACUCGCCCUCCUGGGGCGAUCACAAAGAGCCGGGUGCCCCGGCCCCCCCGGAGUCCCCAGAGCGCGGCCCGCAGCGCUCGCUGAGCGAACCUGCGACCCCUUCCGGGCUGGCCUCGUCUCAGGUCCCUUGGGGCUCCCAGAGGGGACCCCUCGGGCGUCCCUGCUGUGCCACCAUGCCCCACCGGGCCGCGACCACGCUCCCAGCCUGAACCCCAGCCAGGGCGCCCAACUUGAGCUCCCGGCGCUCGCACCCAAAGGCGCCGGCUCCCUCCUCGCCCGCUCCACCGCCCGCAGCCGCGUGCUCUCCCGCUCCGUUCUUUCCCCUCUUCUGUCACUGCCCCUUCUUUACCUCCUCUCCUUUCUCCUUAUCUACACCCAUGCCCCUCCCCCAGAUUCUGUUCCGCUGUCUCUCCCGGUUUCUCUCCCGCUACGUUGCCGCCGCCCUCUCCCGCGCCCUCUGCUACCGGUCGCCCUGUGCUGCCUCUCACAUUCUCCGCAUUACAUUGGGUGCCGCCCGCGGCUCGCUCGGCCCAGUGUUGGAGCGCGCAGUGGGCGGCGAGGGUACCCGCUGUGCCCCGGCCCCGCCGUCCCCUCCGCUCUCCACUCGCUUUGCGGCUCCUCGCUCCGGCCUGACGGGCGGCGACGUCCCGCGCUAGCCUCGGUUGUCGCUGACAGCUCCCAUCCUGCCCGGGCUUAAAGGGAUAGCUCACUGGGCUCGACCUGCCCCACCCGGGGGCACCGAGGAGGGCAGCCUCGUCGCGCCGAGACAGUCCGGGGCUGUGGCGCUGUGCGGGCGGCGUCCUGUCCGCAGUCGUUGAGCCGGGCCGUUCCCGGCUGGAGAACCACUGACAGCUGCCUGGCUGUGAUGCUUCACUACCCCUGAGAAAAGCCCCCUCCAUCCGUCUCUUCCUCAUUAAGCAUGGAGAAUGGGGGGGACCUGGUGUGAGCAGCCCCCUUCCCUGCACAAAGUUUCUUCUCUCUCCAACUGAAGCCUCCUCUCUCUGAUACCUGCAAACACAGUCCAUGGCUCAACUACCGAAGCUUAAUGCACGUUGAGAAAAAGGAAGAAAGGACCUGACCACCGACACGCUGUCUUCAACUGUGAGAUGACCCUGUGUCCUGUA